GGAGGUCCUACUCGACGGAUAUGGCUGCAUCGGCGACGAACGCAACCACACCACCGCCGUUGGCUGGACGAAUAACAUAUGGACGUAAUCGUGGCGUCCUUCUGGAGUAAGCGCCCGCCGCUCCUCUCCCGCCUCUACGUAUACUCCCCCGAUCUGGAUCCCAGCGCCUUCUCGGAGCUUCCCCGCAUCCUGUGCGUGGUGGAAGGCCUGAUCCUCUUCCGCGUCGCCAUCCGCUGCCGCCAGCCCGGUUGCGUCCUCAUGGAGGAGUGCGACUACUUCGUCUACCAUGUCGACAGCGCGUCGCUUGAACUCAUCCCCAACCCCAACCCCAGCCCCGUCGCCUUCCGUGACGAGGAUGUCAGCCUCCUACCUCGGGGUAACGGCGGCUUCACCGUCGCCGCGCUGGUGCCCACAACCGACCCCAAGGUGUUCAUGCUUCACUUGUUACACUCAGCGAUCGGGAGCUGGACAUCCCAAAAGGUGUCUCUGGAGGCGCCACAGAACGAGUUCCCAAUGGAGACAAUGGAGAUCCUAAGGGAUCGGGUGGUGGAUGCUUGUCGGUUAUUGCAUCAUUCAACAAGCACCGUGAUCACACUUGGGGGUGAGAAGGGGACCAUGGGCUGGGUCGAUCUCUGGAGGGGUAUCCUUCUCUGCGAUGUGCUCCUCCCAGAGCCUGAGCUCCGAGGCGUGCCUUUGCCGUUGCCAAGGGCAAUGUUUCUGGCAAUAGUUCUACCCGAUGAAGAGAUUAGGAUCGAUUUUGGAUGCACAAAGCUGUACAGGGGCAUUGCCUUCAUCAAGGAAAAGCGCUGCCUCAGGUUUCUUGAUUUAGAUAUCAGUAACGAACGCCUUCCGGAUAAGAACGAGAAAAGUUUGAGAUUUGGAUGGACGGUCACCACAUGGAGCAACUGCAACCUAAUCAAUUCCUUUGAUGACUGGAAGAUGGAUUGCCUACCAGUCCACGGAGACAUCAUCAGGUUUGAUGAACAGAUGCAAAAGCAACUGCUGAAGUGCCAACUGCUGCGACCGAGGUCAGCGCAGGACAAGGACAACAGUGUGGGCCGAAACUUGGAGAACCUCUUGGUUUUUCUACCCACUCCCAGCAUGGAUAAUUCAGAUGUUGUCUUCUUUAUUGCCAAGGCUGAAUUCCUACAUCCUGAGACAUAUGUUUUUGCUAUUGACAUGAGAAGCAAUCAUCUGCAAGAUGUGACUGAAUUCGGAGUUGAAAUGGAACUUUGUGAUGAUUUUAUCUGUCACCUUGGUAGUGUCAUAUAG